AAUAAAACAGUUCAAACUUAAUUGAGCUUGUACUCCAAUGCUAUUUAAUACACAUUACAGUAAAUUAAGCCAAUAAAAUUAAUAUUAAAUGGAACAAGUGACGUCAUCUAGCAGCGAGAUGCGUCAAAACCGCCAAAAAUUGACUUACAGAGUUCGAUUGUUGAUAACGUUUUUUGCCACCAAACGCUCCGAAGGCAAAUUUUUUGUACGCAAAACAUUUUGAAACUAAGGAACAAGGUUACACGUUGAAUUUAAUUUUACUUUAUAGUCCGACCUCUGAAGGUUAAAAUACUGGAGAGAAAGUGUACCAUACCUGUAAGUUAACGUACGAAGAUAAUCGAACAGUUAUGUUUUUGAAUUACUUUUGUACGCGUGUAUCAAGUAAUUUUUGAUUCCCUUGCGUAUUUUAUAUCUGUCGUAUGCACGGUCCAUCGGCUUACAUAUUUUUCGCGCCAUUUGGCGCUGCAAGUGUGUUCAAUAGAUAAUUUUAUUGUUAAUUUACUGAAUAUUGUUUAUAUGAUAAAAAAUAUAUUAUAAAAAUACACUGCAUAAUUUAAAAAGAUGUAUAUAUAAAAGCAAAUAGUUAUUUUAUUAUAAUGGAUCGGACAACAAAACGUCAGAGGAUUGAUGGAGACUCGAUCGUUAAUGAUAUCGCAUCGUCUCUUAGUAAGUUUCUUUAUAUGAACAUAAUUAUUUGUUUUCUAAUUAUUUCUGAGAGCUCUCUACAUCUAUUACAUCCAUAAGUCAACGUUACAGCGGUUUAUUAAAGGUUAAUAAGGCAGUGGUGUUAUACAUGCAAAAUGCCAAGAUGGACCAGGCAUCCCCUGUCGAUGAAAUAGAAAAUAGUUUGAAAGAGACAACCAUUGGAAAGGAGUAAUAAAUGUAGAAGAAUGGACGAACGCAUGCAAGCGAUAUCAUUCGCGAACAGUUACUUCGCCUUGGUCGACGGCCUAGCUUCCGGUUUGGAGAACCACCUGUCCGAGGACGUGGUGCUCGACUGGUUCGGUAGAACGGUUAAGGGCAGAAGAAACGUGACCACGUUCAUAGAAGCCCACAAAGUGAACUCCAGACACAUAUUUUCGCAAAUAGUACCGGUUGCCGGUAUCGGUUACAAGAAGAAGCAAUCAAACCGGAAGAAGCAUCACUCGUAUCGAAACAAGAGCACUCAAGAGUCAUCCAACAAUCCCUGCGAUAAAGAUAACGAAUUAAACGAAGAAAGGUUUGUGGAGGAACCGGAAGUACCUCCAAAACGCAACAUCACCAAAGAUAUUAAUCAGAACGAGAUCGACGUGAAGGUGGACGGCGAAAUGGACGAUAUGACGUACGAUCUGUGCGAGGGUGAUCUCAGUAAUCUUUUCAAGCUCGAGAUCGCGUCAACCAACAUAGAAGAGAUCGAGCAAAGCAUUAAUAGGAUAAAAUUGGAAGAGGAAAUGGCACCAACUAUCAAAGCCAUCAAGAGAGAGUGCGGCCAAGGAGAUGGUCCCGAUAUUGUCGAAACCAGCGCGGUGAAAUAUAUGGAGGCUAGUGGGGAGAUCGAGUUCUCCAAGAAAUUUUGGAAGCGUGAUACAUGGAACGCGUAUAUCACAGCGGCGACCAACAUUCACACUUGGAGACGGCCAUGUAAAUUGCAAAUCGCGUACACAGUUUCAUGUGAACAGCCAGCCUUGGAAUCUCGAAGCAGCAGAAACAGUCGCUUUGGACAGCCAAAAGCUAGACUACCUACUUUGGAGGAAAUCAAUGAGAUGAGCAACAAGUUGGUGCCUAAUGAAAACCAUUUCGGAGGUUUCUUGAAGGAGAUCGAUUUUUUCGAAGAUCGAAAACGGUUUCUGAAGAGUCUGGGAGCAGAGAUGAUGUUCAAAGAUCCUGACACGCCAUUGUUCGCUCCUCAGUAUCAGAGAAACAAAUUGGUUUUCAAUAAACCGUGUAGUAAAAGGGAUGAAAGCAAGGAUGCUAAGAAAAGAUUUAUCUUCAAUUAUCAGAUUCAUCUGAUCAUUUACGAAGGUACUAAUAAAUGCAAGAUGAAUCUUUUGCACGAAUUUGAGAAAACAAGAAUUUAGGAUCAGGUCCUAAAUUUCAUUUUUUUGCAUUGUUUUCCGAAUAAAUUUUUUUGGGGACAAAUUAUUGUUAGAAUAUUUUUUUUUGAGGUUCGUCAAAAUUAUUUUGUCGAACUAUCGUUUCAAAGUUUCGUAAGGUACAGUGAUGAAGUACAAGCCAGUUAAGUAUUUUUUUUAAUUUUGAUUUUGAUACCGUGUGGUACUCUCGUACCGUAGUUAUGAGAUAAUCUUAUCAUUAGUCUCAGUCUUGUUUACUAGCAAUAAUUUGUUCGUUAAACAUAGAAGGAGUUAAGUGCAGCUGGUACUUGCGCUAUCGUAAAAUACUUGCUCUGUGACGCAGUAUUUUGUUUAUUAUUACGUUAUUGUACGGUGGUACGCUGAAUUGUUAUGUUAUCGUGAGAGAAUGAUCACAGUUAUCUUGUAGCUCGAAUAAAGUGCGACUAACAGAU